GCAGCGGCGGCGAUCAACUAAGACGCACGACGUCCAAUGUCUGCCUUUCCAUCUUACCCCUCCAUUCCAUCAUUGACACUGGUAAGACUCACACCGUUGAUCCAUAUCAUGGAUGCUUGUUGAUGACAGUCCAGCUAUCGUCAGAGCACGAUCGCACUGCAUAUACCCACGCUCCCCGCGUAGCCUAAGAUGACGGCUACUCAGCCCUCGACGUCUGACACUCCCCUGGAGCACGUCCCGUCUAGUAGCCACGAGACGUCCAUUCAUGGCCCCGCGCUGACGGGAUGGCAAUCUCAUCAAAGCCAUGGACAGCUGACGAUAGUAUUCUAUGUGGAUCUCGACGUGAGGUCAGAAGACAUUGAAGUCAUUAUUGCAUCAACUUACGUCAUCGCCGGCAUCAGAGGGUACGAGCCCGUAGUCAAAGCUAGGCUGUAUGCUCGCAUUGAUCCUACCACUUCCUACUGGCAGCUUGAGAGGCCAGCGCACCAACAUAGGAGUCGCACCAGAUCCAGGACCACAUCAGGGGGUGGACAGAGCUCAAGUGGACACGAAGCAGGCCCUAGCAAUGAUCGACGGGGCACCAGUGGUCAGCAAAGCCGCGCUUCAAUCUCUCAGCGACGUGCUAGCCGCCACGACAAUGCCAGCGGGGAUGGAAGCGGCAGCGGCAGCAAUGACUCGGCCCCCUCACCCGAGCAGCAUCGCCACUCUAGCCGGCCAGCCUCCCCUGUCCCUUCCACCGGUAGCUACGAGCUGCUGCAGCGUAGUAUUGCUUCCCUCAACACUUCAUCUUCUUCUCGCGAUGCCUCAGGAAGUGGCAACAGUUCGUCUGAGGGGUACCCUUUCCAUCGAGCGGCAGAUGCCGAGCGAGGUGACGAGACCGGCAGGGCUUCGCUGAUCUCGCCACCAUCUCACACCUCUCUAAGAUCUUACGGAGGGGACUCGAAUGAGCAGUUCGGGGUCGCCAGCCUACAGUCUAGCCAAGUACUUGGAUCCGCGACCUCGGUCAGUCAGCAGAGCAGCGGUGAUGCUAAUCACGAAUUGACGGCGCGGUUGCUCACGGUACACUUGACCAAGAUCGAUGGAGCACUCUGCAAGGCGCUCUGACUGAGGCUCUCCAGAGCGAGACGGAGAGUCGCCGGGGCCUGACUCGGUCCGACAGGCGGGUAGCUCCUAGUGACCCUUCGACUUCGGUCGACGACGACGAAGAUCUGACUCUAGCUCGAC